UCUAACUGGCUGACCAGCAGUGAGCUACUUCAGUUAUGGUCUGAAGUCAGAUGGAAGAAUGUGAGAAGUUAGGUAAGCUCAAUAUGGCCGUCAACCCUGCUUGAAUGCUGCAAUUUUUUCUCUGAACACAGCAUCCCAAUAUUCAUCGCACAUGCUUCUACUCAGCUCUCAAGAGCAUUCACGCCGCAUGCCGUUGCGCCUUCAUGAUGCCCGCUGGCUUUACGCCUUUGUUCGACAGCAAUCUGACGGGACUGAGUCAGAAGGGCGCGGGUGCUCACUGGCCAGUCAGAGCCCGCCCCCACAAUCCCUAGAGUGCCUGGUUGAUUAUAUAAGGUUACUAUGAGGGAAUACUGGGCUUGACAUUGAUGCCAAUGACGCAUACUUUUAUACCCUAUAGACGAUCUCUAUUAGAAUUCGACAAGUGAGUCAGGUUGACUUAGACUGCCUUACCUAUGUCAUAAUUCACCACAUUGAUACUGAUUCUCAGUCAAAGGAACUGAACAAUACCGCAACUCAACAUGGCUGCGAUAUCCGCUCCUCCACCUGUUCACUCAGCCCUAGAUGCCAUCGGCAACACACCAUGCGUACGACUGCGUAGUGUUGUACCGGAAGGUAGCGCCGACGUGUAUUUGAAGCUUGAGUCUCUCAAUCCCACGGGCUCCUACAAAGAUCGCUUAGCCAGAGCCAUAGUCGAAGAGGCAGAACGCCGAGGAGACUUGAAGCCAGGCUCGACCAUAGUCGAAGCCACCGGCGGUAGCACGGGGUCUUCUCUGGCUUUCGUAUGCACCUUGAAGGGGUACGGGUUCCAUGCCGUCUGCUCGGAUGUCUUUGCCAAAGAGAAAUUGCGCACGAUGGCUGCUUUUGGGGCUUUUGUCGAUAUCGUCCACAGUCCCACCGGAAAGAUUACGCCAGAUCUGUUUCCGUCUAUGGUCAAGAAGGCGAAGACAAUCGUCGAAGAAAACGAGGGGUACUACGCCGCAGACCAGUUCAAAAACAAGGACUGUAUGGCGGGUUACAAGACUCUUGGAGACGAAUUGGUCCAGCAAUUUCCACAAGGAAUUGAUGCCUUCUGCGGUGCCAUUGGCGGCGCUGGCAUGGUGAUGGGAGUUGCAAAGGUGCUUAAAGGUGUGCGAGCUGAUACAAAGAUUAUCACGCUUGAGCCUGCAUCAUCGCCUGUUGUUGCCAAAGGACAUGGAGGUGUCCAUGGAAUUGAAGGCAUCAGUCCCGGAUUUGUUCCGCCAUUGCUUGACGACACCUUAUACGACGAAGCACGAGCGUAUCCGGAGGAUGAGGCGCGGGCCAUGUGCCGCAGACUCGCAAAGGAAGAGGGACUUUUGACGGGAACUUCAACAGGACUCAAUGUUGUUGGAGCUCUAGCCUUGGCUAAGGAACUUGGCCCUGGCAAAGUGGUUGUCACGGUGGCUUGUGAUACGGGUCUCAAGUACACGAGCGGCACUCUGUAUGAAUAG